AAACUAUUUGAACGCUGGAUCCAUAGAAUUCUGAAAGAGUGUCUGUGACUGUGAGGAGAAAGGGGUGAAAGUACGUACGCCAUGGGGAGGCCUCCUUGCUGUGAUAAAGUGGGAAUCAAGAAGGGUCCAUGGACCCCUGAGGAGGACAUCAUCCUAGUCUCUUACAUUCAAGAACAUGGUCCAGGAAAUUGGAGAUCAGUGCCUACCAAUACUGGGUUACUGAGGUGCAGCAAAAGUUGUAGGCUUAGAUGGACUAACUACCUCAGACCUGGAAUCAAGAGAGGGAACUUCACUCCCCAUGAAGAAGGGAUGAUAAUCCAUUUGCAGGCUUUUCUGGGUAACAAGUGGGCAGCCAUAGCUUCCUACCUCCCACAAAGAACAGAUAAUGAUAUAAAAAACUAUUGGAACACCCACCUGAAGAAGAAGCUGAAGAAAUUUCAAUCAGCCAUGGACCCCCACAUGGCAUCAGACUCAACCACCACUGAUCAUCAGGUUUCAACCAGAAGCUUUAAUGAGAGAAGAAGCUUAGACGCCACCAACGACCCUGCCCCAUCUCUCAUCAGCCUAAACCAGUCCUCUACGUAUGCCUCAAGUACGGAGAACAUUUCUCGACUCCUAGAGGGUUGGAUGAGAUCACCAAAGACGAGUACUAACGCUACUAAUCUCGGAGAUCAGGCUCAAGACAAAAUGCUUAAAGAAAUGAACAGUGACAUUAAGAGCAAUGUAAUUGGCAACUCAACAAUGGUAACGACUAAUCUUCAGUGCCACCAAAUUAUUAGCAAAGCCGGGCGGCAAGAAAGUGGUGGCGAUUUGGUCGUCUCUCAUGAAGAGUUUGAUUCGAUCUUAUCCAUUGAGAACAUGAACAAUGCUGCAUGGGACAAGUCGACCUGCGAUUCUACGCCCGACAAAAGUUCUCAAAGUUCUGCAUAUGAUGAUCAGAAGGUUAAUGUCACGCCGGAGAGGAAUAAACCGAGGUUUGAGAACAAUCCAGCUCCAUUAUCUUUUCUUGAGAAGUGGCUCUUGGAUGAAAGUAGUGCUGGUCAAGUCGAGGAGAUGAUGGAAUUAUCUCCAAUGUUCUAACAAGAUCAUGAUUCUAAAUUUAGACUACUUGGAGACACCGUUACAAAUUUCUAUCUUUUCUAGGGUUUUUUGUUAUUCUACUUA